AUGACCCCGAAGCGGGCCGCUGUCAGCCAGGGAUGCGGCAAGGCCAAGACCGCCAAGACCGCCAAGACCGCCAAGGAACAAACUGAUGCAGCACUUGCGGACAACGGCAUUCCGACCGAUGCAGACAUGAUCAAGCAGCAUUACGAUGAGUACUGGAGUAAGUACGGCACGGGUUCUCGUGGUGCCGACUCACUCGCACCUCCAAUGGCUAAGGCAAACUCAGCAUCUCCACUGGCACGUCCAACGGCAAUUCAGAUCGACGACGACCUCGGUGAUGGUGGCAAAGAUGGCGGCCUGGCAGCUGGCGAAGACGUCGGCACAGAUGGCGAGGACGUCGCCUCAUCCGAUGCGCCCCCUCCCGCAACCGGCAGCAACAACAACGAGUUGUCCAAGGUCAUCGUGCACGUCGCCGAGGCCUACGCCAAGGAGUUCAGGAAAGCGACAGAGGUCAAGCCCACGAUGUCGAACGAGGUGGGCGCCAAGACAAAGGAGCUCAUCGUGCAGAUGACGGACGCUCUGAAGACGAACACAGUGGAACCUCGUAGUGGCCUUGGUCAACGCUUCAGUACCGCUCACAAGCCAGGCACCGACAACGCCAAGAAGCUCGAGGCGUAUGUGAAACGACGAGGCGAUGAGGGCGUGAAAACAAACGACGCAAAGAAGGAGUUCCGUAUUCAAUGGGCCAAGGAGCAGCUUGAUAGCAUCACCCACGGCAAGAAGGAGACGAACGAGUGGCAGGAGGUAGACGAGGAGACUGGCACAUACGUACCAUUCGCUGUUCUGGUAGAGAAGAUGGGCUUCUUCUUCGACCCUGAGGGCGCCCUGGAGCGCGCCAAGAAGUACGCCGACAAGUGCAUGGCCAUGAAGGGCGGGUGGGUGGUCGACGAUGAGAUGGUGGAGGAGAUCAACUUCUUCCACUUGGAGCGGAAGCACCGCACGAUCCUCGCAAAGAAAUGGGAGUCCUACACGCAGUCUCAGACGGGCGGGUCCAGUGCACAGGCGGAGGACAAGGCUUGCCCCGACGCGCCCACGGCUACGGAUAAGGCCAAGGCCAGACGCAAGUCCAACGGCAAGAACGGCACUGGCGAUGCAGUUCAAGGAGUUGCCGAUGGAGCCCAGCCCGACGGUUUGGACAAACUUUUUGUCUCGGCCCAGCAGACCAAGAAACUGUACCACAACACCGUGGGGUCAGCAUCUUCCCUCAUCGAUACGAUCAAGACGAGCAACGACAAGAAUUGGAAACGUUUCAAUUCGCCUGACUUCGUAGGGGCCCUCACUGACCAGAAAGCGAAGGUGGAGCAGAGCGCCACGCCAUUCGGCACGAACUUGCUCAUCAAGGAUUUGAGCGAGACCAAGAAGAGUCACACCGCAGCAGUCCUCACAACCGAGCUCGAGCACUUUGUCACGCUGAAAGGUGAGCUUAACAAGCUCGCCAAGCAGCACAACACGAUCAUCAAGAUGUACACAGACUCCUCGGACCUCGACUGA